AUGGGACUAAUGAUUGAGAAAGGUGGAAAAGGAGCAGGGGAAAAACAGGGGAGAACAUUUGCGGAAGGGUGGACCGAGAAUUUUCAAACCCUACUCCGCGUGCCAUGUAGGAGAGAGAAGAGUGCUGACAUGUGCACUCGAGGUGUCACUGCCACCACUACUCGCAUAAGCUUUAAUCCUACCUGCAAGGCGAGUCGGAGUCCUCCUACUCCACCUCCGAUUGUAUGGGAAAUACUUCAGGAAGUUAUGCAGGGGUGUCCGGUAUUGCUGAAUAGAGCACCUACUUUGCAUAGAUUAGGCAUACAGGCAUUCCAACCCAUUUUAGUGGACGAACGUGCUAUUUGUUUACAUCCAUUAGUUUGUAAGGGAUUCAAUGCAGACUUUGAUGGGGAUCAAAUGGCUGUUCAUGUGCCUUUAUCUUUGGAGGCUCAAGCAGAGGCCCGUUUACUUAUGUUUUCUCAUAUGAAUCUAUUGUCUCCAGCUAUUGUUGAUCCCAUUUCCGUACCAAGCCAAGACAUGCUUAUCGGACUCUAUGUAUUAACAAGCGGGAAUCGGCGAGGUAUUUGUGCAAAUAGGUAUAAUCCAUCUAAUUGCAGAAACUAUCAAAAUGAAAGAAUUUACGAUAAUAAUUAUAGGUAUACAAAAGAACCCCUUUUUUGUAAUUCCUAUGAUGCAAUCGGAACUUAUCGGCAGAAAAUAAUCAAUUUAGAUAGUUCUUUGUGGCUUCGGUGGCGACUAGAUCAACGCGUUAUUGCCUCAAGAGAAGCUCCCAUCGAAGUUCAUUAUGAAUCUUUGGGUACCUAUCAUGAGAUUUAUGGAGACUAUCUAAUAGUAAAAAGUUUCAAAAAAGAAAUUCUUUGUAUAUAUAUUCGAACCAUGGUUGGUCAUAUUUCUCUUUAUCGAGAAAUCGAAGAAGCUAUACAAGGGGUUUGUCAGGCCUGCUCAUAUGGUACCUAA